ACAGGACAAGUUGGAGACUAAAUUGUCAGUCUGUCAUUAAUCUUGAGUUUUCUUUGAAAGUUCAUCUGAGCAUAAACAGGUCAUGUUUAUAGACAUAUUACAUAUUAAAGGGCUCUGCUCUACCCUUCGAAAUUUGGACUCACUUGGAUGGUUGAACAAAAGGGGCAAAGGCAAUGCACUCUUGCAUUUAUAUCUGAGGGGUGCUGUCUGCUGUGUUGCUUGUAUUGUCGUGCAAGCUUCAUAUCUUCAUUACAACUUGUGUGAUUAAUUGUGUUUCUGGCUCUUGAUCCUGAUUGUUAUUGUUUUUUAAGAUGGGGGGAAUUAUGGUGCUUUUGCUAUUAGUCAUCAUCCUACAUGUGAACCUUGGCCACGGGGAUGCUAAUAUGACGAUGCGUUGCAGAGAGAACGAAAGGGAAGCGCUCCUUGCUUUCAAAAAAGGCCUCAUCAUGGACGAGGAUAACCAAGUAAUAUUCUCUUCGUGGGGAACAGAAGCCGCAAAACAAGACUGUUGCAGAUGGAAAGGAGUCUCAUGUGACAACCAAACUGGCCAUGUUGUUCAGCUUGAUCUCGGAGACGAUUUUUUGCAAGGUACGAUGAUUAGUCCUAAACUGAUUGAGUUGAAGCAUUUGAGGUAUUUAGACCUUAAGGGAAUUUUCUUCAACGGGAGCACAGUUCCAGAUUUCAUUGGUUCUCUAACCAACUUAACACACCUGGAUCUUUCUUGGUGUUAUUUUGGUGGAAAAUUUCCAAUUCAGGUUGGAAACCUUACCAACUUGCAAUAUCUUGAUCUCAGUGCUAAUGACUUCUAUAAUGUAGAAAAUCUCAAUUGGCUGACUCGUCUUUCUUCGUUGACAUAUUUGGACUUGAGUUUUGCCAAUCUCAGGAAUGCUUUUGAUUGGCCGGAAGCAGUUAAUAAACUCCCCACACUAACAAACUUGACAUUACAGGACUGUAGUCUUCCUUCUCCUCCAGUUCGUUCCACUCUUUCAAGCAUAAAUUCCUCUAAAUCUCUUUCUAGCAUCGCUCUUCCCAUGAACCAUCUCUCAACUUCUUCAAUAUUUCUAUGGAUGUCCAACUACAAUACCAGCCUUGUUGAUCUUGAUCUCUCUUUCAGCAAAUUGACCGGUUCGAUUCCUGAUGUGUUCGGAAACAUGAGCUCUCUUGCACAUGUUGAUCUUUCUGUCAACCAUCUUGAAGGAGCAGAGCCUCAUUCUUUCACUAGGUUAUGUAGUUUGCAAUCAUUGAUGCUUGGCCGCAACAAUUUGAGUGGACAGUUUUCCAAAUUUGUUCAAAUAUUGCCUACAUGUGCUCAAAACUCCUUGGAGCGUUUGUGGCUCUCAGAAAAUCAACUUGCAGGGUCAUUACCUAAUCUUACCAACUUUUUAUCAUUGAAAGAGUUGUAUAUUCCUUACAAUCAAUUAAGUGGAAGAAUACCAGAAAGUAUCGGGCAAAUGUCAAAGCUCGAGUUAAUUGACCUUGGUAUGAAUGCUUUGGAAGGGGAGAUUGUAGAUUCCCAUUUCUCUCUCCUCUCCAAAUUAAGGCGUUUAGAUUUAUCAUCUAACUCACUAGUUUUAAACUUCCAUUCUAAUUGGACUCCUCCUUUUCAACUGGACUAUAUAAGUUUGGGGUCAUGCAAGAUGGGUCCGUAUUUUCCGAAGUGGCUUCAAUCUCAGAAUGGGUACUCAUACCUCAAUAUUUCUAAUGCUGGAAUUGUGGAUAUCCUUCCAAGUUGGUUUUGGGGUACGACUCAUAACGUGACAUUUAUCAGUUUUUCCCAUAACCAAAUUGGAGAAAUGUUAAAAACUUUGACAGUGGAUUUUGCAAAUUACCCUGAAGUGCAUUUGAGGUCGAAUGGAAUUGAAGGUCCAAUUCCCGCAACUCUGUCACAGGCGUCAUAUUUGGAUCUCUCUAAUAAUAACUUUUCAGGGUCAAUUUCUUUCUUGUGUGCAAGUGCAUCUACGGGCUUAACUUUUCUUAACAUCUCAAACAACAAUCUCUCUGGAGAACUUCCAGAAUGCUUGACACAUUUGGACAAUCUAGUCAUGCUUGAUUUGAGUUACAAUGCUCUUUCUGGAAAAAUUCCUAUGACAAUAGGCUCCUUAUUUGGGAUCGAAACGUUGAAAUUAAGAAGCAAUGAGUUUGUGGGAGAGUUGCCUUUAUCCUUGAAGAAUUGCACAAGUUUAAUGGUUCUUGAUCUUGCAGAUAACCAAUUGUCGGGAUCAAUACCCAAAUGGUUGGGGGCUAGCCUUCAGAAAUUGGUUAUCCUAAUGCUUUCCUCUAACCACUUCAAUGAAAGCUUGCCCUCGCAACUGUGUGAUCUAAUACAUAUUCAAAUUCUGGACAUCUCUGUGAACAGCAUCUCUGGAGGCAUACCGAAUUGCCUAAAAAAUUUUACUACACUGGCUCAGAAAGGAAAUGAAAAUCUAACCGUCGAACAUUCUUAUAUGAGAAAUACUGAUCAACAUUCAUCCGAGGGGACUGAUUAUGAUGAUGAUGCAAUCUUCAGAUGGAAAGGAAGCAUGCGGGUUUUCAGGAAUACUUUGGGGCUUGUGAGAAGCAUUGAUUUCUCAAGCAAUAGAUUGACUGGGGAGAUUCCGAGCGAAAUCAGUCAUCUCGUUGGUUUGGUUUCUUUAAACCUUUCUAGAAACCAAUUAACAGGUCAAAUUACUCCAGACAUUGGAAAAUUGGAGUCGCUGGAUUCACUUGAUUUGUCAAGAAAUCAUAUAGAUGGAAGAAUUCCAACAAGCCUUUCUCGGAUAUAUCGUCUUGGUGUCUUGGACCUGAUACACAACAACUUGAUUGGAAAGAUUCCAACUGGCACCCAGCUCCAAAGUUUUGAUCCCUCUGUUUAUGCUGGAAAUCAGCUCUGUGGACCUCCACUUCAAAAUCUGUGUGAUAGUGAAGAAAUAGUUCCAGAUCAAGUCAGCAACGAAGAAGAUAAGGAUGAUCAGCUUAUACGCUACGGAUUUUACAUCAGCAUGGGGCUCGGAUUUUUUGUUGGGUUCUGGGGAGUUUGUGGAAGUCUGAUAUUCAUCAGGGAAUGGAGGUACACAUACUUCAAGUUCUUGAAUUAUGUGACGGUAAUGUUGAUCAAGCGGAAAUUAACGGAUGCUUGAUAGAUAAGCUGUAAUGUGUGCUCCAGUCAUCUUCUUCAGUCCAAUUGCGUGGUUUCGGCAUCUGCAUAAGCUUUCAAGUAUUGGAUGCUGCUUAGAUGAAUUUGUUUUUUAACUUUAUGUUUUCUCUCUAGUAAGUAUGGCUGAUGUUAGGUUCUCCUGCCGUAUCACUUGCUCUGUUUUUUACUUAACGAGGUUUGGUUUAUGUCCCCCUCGUCUGUCUUUCGCUCUUUAUUUUAAUAAGAUUAAGAGGAUGAACGGUGAGCUCUCUCACCUCGCUUUUUAGUUUAA